AUGGAUAUCUUACAUCGUACUUCUGAAUCUGUGUGUAUGGGACUUUGUCGUAUACUGGGAACUUCACAACAGGUGGUCAUGAGAAGGGAUAUGACUGACAUCAGUGAUACAAUAGACAUCCAGAAAGCAGGGGCAAUAGUUGGCUGUAAGAUGAAAAAUGGAAGUUAUAAAGAAGGAUUUAGACUUAAAGGAUCCGACGUUGACACCAUGUUCUGGUUACCUGACAAUCGAGUGAUCUGGAACAUGUCUCAGACUCAGUUUUACAACCUACACAAACACACAGUGAUCCUGUCAGACAGUUCGGAAAGUCCGCCAGGAUACAUGUUACUUUGGUUACCAAUGGAGAGAGCCAGUGAUAAAGUGCUGGCGGCCACAGUGAGAGACCACAGCAGAUUGAUUGUAUCUAGUUCUAAAUAUAGAGAAAUCAUGUGUCCAUCAGUACAUCCCAACUCUAAACCACAUGGACCAUGUGCUAGUGGUGUGUUGGGCGAUAUCAUAGAAUACGACCACGCCCACUGCUUUGUUAGUGACUUCUGGCCUUCAUCCGCCUCCUCGUGGAGAUUCAGGUGUCAUUUAUGGCCACAUCCUCAAAUUGUUAAUGACAUCAUCAGAAAGGGAUGUCACGUUGUAGCAAUAGGUCCCAAACUAGAAAAUCAUGAAGACAUUGAAUGGAGAAUAUCGUUUUCUCUAGCAGAACAGAUACUUGUGCGCUCAAUGAACCAUUGCCAGUUCCUGGUAUAUGGUCUACUUAAAUUGUUUUUAAAAGAAGUACUAAACAAUGGGUUAAGUGAAGAUGAUAAAUUACUAUGUUCCUACCACAUGAAGAUGGCAGUUUUCUGGGUACUGCAACAUAACACGGUACUUGCUUGGGGUCCACACAAUUUGCUGCAGUGUUUCUGGAUCAGUUUUAAAGUCAUCCUUAAAUGGGUGUAUGAGGGGGUCUGUCCCAACUUUUUCAUCCCAGAAAACAAUAUGUUUCUUUUUAAAAUCUAUGGAGCGGCACAACAGAAACUCUUUAUUAGACUGUAUGGGUUGUAUGAGAAGGGUUUGGUAGAAUGCUUGCUACACAUUUCCUCCAUCAGUCCCUAUGUUAGAAGUGCCCAGCUUAACCCUAGACUCUCCAUUUGUACAGAUGAACACGUGCUAAUCUCGGAGGCCGAGUUUGAUGGAGAACUGUUUCGCGAGAUAAUCCGUAAUAAUUAUGCACAAUCCACAUCAGAUCUCCGUCUCUGUAUGAAGGUCUUGCACAUAGUAGAGCAACUAAUAGGUUCAUUCCUGACACAGUAUCAAGUUGUCAUGUUACAAAAGAUUACAGCCACAGUCCUCCAAAGCACUGCCUUUAUAUUGCACAACCUGCAAACCAACACACGUGUAAACAAACAGAUGUAUGUUACCGACAGAAAUUUCUGUUUCAUGCUGAAAUUGGCAGCCAAGUUUGGGUUUGUUUCUGACAUGUUGCACAUUGCCAUGUAUUAUUAUAAGACAUUCAGAUACAAGGAAGCUAUAUUUGCUAUAGAGAUGACAAAUUCUAGAAAAUAUCCAGACAAAGAGAGAAAUGCAAAGGCUGCAGGGGAAAAAUCUUAUUCUACAAAGAUGACACAAACUGUAGCUGGGAUAAUCCCACUUGAAAAUGAAAUUUGCUAUAUUGAUGAGUUAACACCAGAACAACGGUCUAGUUCACGGAACGGAAAGAUUUUAUUGCACGUACCGCCCUUUGUACUGUUACACAUGCUGGAAGUCUUGUGUUACAGGCAUGUGGAACCGAUGAAAGUAAAAACAGCUCUCGAAAAUCUACAGUCGCUAGUUACGUGUGAUCAAGGGGUGUUUGUUCCUAGACAUGUCAGAGACAUAUCGUGGGAGAUCCUAGGAAUCUGUCAACAGGUCACAGGGAAUCUCCAGGCUGCCCUGUCUUCUUACCAACAAUCACUCGCACAAAAACAAUUCAACAAAAUACACACUGCUACAGAGGGAAGAAUACAAACUAUCUGCUCAUCACUAUAA